ACCACCCCCUUCCGCGCUUGGCGGCCGCGGCCCGGCCUUCUCUCCGCGCUCUCCAAGAUGGCGGUGUCCGGGACCCUGUACACGUACCCCGAGAACUGGCGCGCGUUCAAGGCGCUGAUCGCCGCUCAGUACUCGGGCGCGCGGCUCCGCGUCCUCUCCACGCCGCCGCAUUUCCACUUCGGCCACACCAACCGCAGCCCCCAGUUCCUGCAGAAAUUCCCCAUGGGAAAGGUUCCGGCCUUCGAGGGCGAUGACGGAUUCUGCGUCUUCGAGAGCAACGCCAUCGCCUACUACGUGAGCACGGAGGAGCUGCGUGGCAGCACCCCCGAGGCGGCAGCGGCCGUUCUGCAAUGGGUGAAUUUCGCCGACAGCGACGUCGUCCCCCCGGCCAGCACCUGGGUGUUCCCCACCCUGGGGAUCCUGCACUACAACAAACAGGCCACCGAGGUGGCGAAGGAGGAGGUGAGGAGGGUCCUGGGGGUCCUGGACGGGCACCUGAGAACCAGAACCUUCCUCGUGGGGGAGAGGGUGAGCCUGGCCGACAUCAGCCUGGUGUGUGCCCUGCUCUGGCUCUACAAACAGGUGCUGGACCCCGCCUUCCGGGGCCCCUUUGGGAACGUCAAUCGCUGGUUCCUCACCUGCCUCAACCAGCCCCAGUUCAAAGCCGUGCUGGGAGAGGUGACCCUGUGCCAGAGGAUGGCCCAGUUCGAUGCCAAGAAAUUUGCGGAGAGCCAGGCCCGGAAGGAGAAGGAGCCCCCCAAGAAGGAGAAGGAGCCCCCCAAGAAGGAGAAGCCCCCCAAGAGGGAGGAGAAGCGGCCGGAGCCCGACGAGGACCUGGACGAGUGCGAGCAGGUCCUGGCAGCUGAGCCCAAAGCCAAGGACCCCUUCGCACACCUGCCCAAGAGCCCGUUCAUCCUGGACGAGUUCAAGCGCAAAUACUCCAACGAGGACACGCUGGGGGUGGCGCUGCCGCAUUUCUGGGAGCACUUUGACCGCGAGGGUUGGUCCCUGUGGUACUGCCAGUACCGGUACCCCGAGGAGCUCAGCCAGACCUUCAUGAGCUGCAACCUCAUCACAGGGAUGUUCCAGCGUCUGGACAAGCUGCGGAAGAACGCCUUCGCCUCCGUCAUCCUCUUCGGCAGCGACCACGACAGCAGCAUCUCGGGGGUCUGGGUGCUGCGGGGGCAGGAGCUGGCGUUCACUCUCUGUCCGGACUGGCAGGUGGAUUACGAGUCGUACUCGUGGCGGAAGCUGGAUCCCGACAGCGCCGAGUGCCGGACGCUGGUGACGGAAUAUUUCCUGUGGGAAGGGGAAUUCCGGCACGUGGGAAAAGCCUUCAACCAGGGAAAGAUCUUCAAAUAAAUCCCGGGAAUUCGGGGCUGGAAUUCCGGGAAUUCGGGGCUGAAAUCCUGGGAAUUCGGGGUUGAAAUCCUGGGCUGAAAUCCCGGGAAUUUGGGGCUGGAAUUCCGGGAAUUCGGGGCUGGAAUUCCAGGAAUUCGGGGUUGGAAUCCUGGGAAUUCUGAACCCUUCAACCAGGGCAAGAUCUUCAAAUAAAUCCCGGGAAUUUGGGGCUGGAAUUCCGGGAAUUCUGAUCUGGAAUCCUGGGAAUUUGGGGGUUGGAAUCCUGGGCUGAAAUCCCGGGAAUUUGGGGGUGGAAUUCCGGGAAUUUGGGGCUGGAAUUCCGAGAAUUCGGGGCUGGAAUCCUGGGCUGAAAUCCUGGGAAUUUGGGUCUGAAAUCCUGGGAAUUUGGGGUUGAAAUCCUGGGAAUUAUUUGGGCUGGAAUUCUGGGAAUUUGGGGCUGGAAUCCUGGGAAUUCUGAACCCUUCAACCAGGGCAAGAUCUUCAAGUGAAAUCCCGGGAAUUUGGGGCUGGAAUUCUGCGAAUUUGGGGCUGGAAUUCCGGGAAUUCUGAUCUGGAAUCCUGGGUAUUGAUGAGAGCUGAAAUCCUGGGAAUUUGAGGUUGGAAUCCCGGGAAUUUGGGGUUGAAAUCCUGGGAAUUCUGGGCUGGAAUCCUGGGAAUUCGGGGCUGAAAUCCUGGGAAUUUGGGUCUGAAAUCCUGGGAAUUCUGGGCUGGAAUUCUGGGAAUUCAGGGCUGAAAUCCUGGGAAUUUGGGGUUGAAAUCCUGGGAAUUUGGGGCUGAAAUCCUGGGAAUUCUGGGCUGGAAUUCUGGGAAUUUGGGGUUGAAAUCCUGGGAAUUAUUUGGGCUGGAAUUCCGGGAAUUUGGGGUUGAAAUCCUGGGAAUUCGAGGCUGGAAUUCUGGGAAUUCUGGGCUGGAAUCCUGGGAAUUCAGAACCCUUCAACCAGGGAAAGAUCUUCAAAUAAAUCCCGGGAAUUUGGGGCUGGAAUUCCGGGAAUUCUGGGCUGGAAUUCCAGGAAUUCUGAUCUGGAAUCCUGGGAAUUCAGGGUUGAAAUCCUGGGAUGAAAUCCUGGGAAUUUGGGGGUGGAAUUCCGGGAAUUUGGGGUUGAAAUCCUGGGAAUUCUUAUCUGGAAUCCUGCGAAUUGAUGAGAGGUGAAAUCCCAGGAAUUCUGGGCUGGAAUCCUGGGCUGAAAUCCCGGGAAUUUGGGGCUGGAAUUCCGGGAAUUCGGGUCUGAAAUCCUGGGAAUUUGGGGGUUGGAAUCCUGGGCUGAAAUCCCGGGAAUUUGGGGGUGGAAUUCCGGGAAUUCUGGGCUGGAAUCCUGGGAAUUCUGAUCUGGAAUCCUGGGAAUUGAUGAGAGGUGAAAUCCCAGGAAUUCUGGGCUGGAAUCCUGGGAAUUUGGGGUUGGAAUCCUGGGAAUUAUUUGGGCUGCAAUUCCGGGAAUUUGGGGCUGGAAUUCCGGGAAUUCUGAUCUGGAAUCCUGGGAAUUGAUCAGAGCUGAAAUCCCGGGAAUUUGGGGCUGGAAUUCCAGGAAUUUGGGGGUGGAAUUCCAGGAUUUCGGGGCUGGAAUUCCGGGAAUUCUGAUCUGGAAUCCUGGGAAUUCGGGGUUGAAAUCCUGGGAAUUAUUUGGGCUGCAAUUCUGGGGAUUCUGGACUGGAAUCCUGGGGAUUCUGGGCUGGAAUUCUGGGAAUUUGGGGCUGAAAUCCUGGGAAUUUGGGGUUGGAAUCCUGGGAAUUAUUUGGGCUGGAAUUCUGGGAAUUCUGGGCUGGAAUUCCAGGAAUUUGGGGCUGGAAUCCUGGGAAUUUGGGGGUUGGAAUCCUGGGUUGAAGUCCCCAGAAUUUGGGGCUGGAAUUCCAGGAAUUCAGGGUUGAAAUCACGGGAAUUUGGGUCUGAAAUCCUGGGAAUUCUGGGCUGAAAUCCUGGGAAUUAUUUGGGCUGGAAUUCUGGGAAUUCUGGGCUGGAAUCCUGGGAAUUCUGAUCUGGAAUUCCAGGAAUUUGGGGCUGAAAUCCUGGGAAUUCUGAUCUGGAAUCCUGGGAAUUCAGAACCCUUCAACCAGGGCAAGAUCUUCAAGUGAAAUCCCGGGAAUUUUGGGCUGAAUUCCCAGGAUUUUGGGAUGAAUUCCCAGGAUUUUGGGGUGAAAUUCCAGAAGUUUGGGUGGAAUUCCCAGGAUUUUGGGGCAGAAUUCCCACGAUUUUGGUGUGAAUUCCCAAGAUUUUGGUGUGAAAUUCCAGAAUUUUGGGAUGAAUUCCCAGGAUUUUGGUGUGAAAUCCCAGAAUUUUGGGUUGAAUUCCCAGGAUUUUGGUGUGAAUUCCCAGGAUUUUGGGAUGAAUUCCCAAGAUUUUGGGAUAAAAUCCCAGGAUUUUGGGAUAAAAUUCCAGAAUUUUGGGCUGAAAUUCCAGGAUUUUGGUGUAAAUUCCCAGGAUUUUGGGCUGAAAUUCCAGGAUUUUGGUGUGAAUUCCCAGGAUUUUGGUGUAAAUUCCCAGGAUUUCGGGGUUUUCCGGGAAUUCCGCUUUUUCCAUCCCCAAUCCAAUAAAAACUCUUGGAACAGGA